CGUGCAAUUACCGCAUUAAAUCGGUAGCGCCAAGUAGUUGUGAAAAAAUAAAAAUAAAUUAAAGAAGAGAAAGGGACGUCAGCACACGCAAACGCUUGAACGUUGAUAAGUAAAAAGGUGUUAGUUCUUUGCCAAUAUGAAAUUGAUGCUAGUCGUGAGUUUUUUGUGCCUACUCGUCGGUAGUUUGGCUGCACCACAAGCACCAGUGGAAAUUUUAGAACAAGAAGUGGAUAAUAUUGGCAUUAAUGGUUAUAAAUUCAGCUACAAACUGAGUGAUGGCACAACACGUACCGAGGAGGCAGUACUCAACAAUGCAGGCACCGAAAAUGAGUCCCUAUCAGUGCGCGGCAGUGUUUCUUGGGUGGCGCCCGAUGGACAAACUUACACAAUCAAUUUUGUGGCGGAUGAAAAUGGCUUCCAGCCAGAAGGCGCACACAUACCGAAAUAAGUUGAUGGAUUGGAGUGAGAAUAUUUAAUGCAGAUAAAGCAAAAUCGUGAAAGUGUAAAUAUGAAACAGAGUUGUAGUAAAAGUUAUUGCGUUUCUUCGAUACAAUCGGAAGCGAUACUAAGAAAACCCAAUAUGCAAAAUUUACCUAUAAACGCAAUUUU